AUGGCGAAGGCUUCGUCUCCCAGCGUGAGAGCGAUCUUCAUCUUGGACAGCGAUGGCAAUCGCGUGUGUGCCAAGUACUACGACAAGUCGUACCCAACGCAGAAGGAACAGGUCGCGCUGGAGAAGAAGCUGUACGCCAAGACGAAGAACGCAAACGCACGUCUAGAAGCUGACAUUAUCCUAAUUGAAAACGUCGUGAGCGUGUACCGCUGUGGCUCCGACACGACAAUGCACGUGGUCGGAUCUGCUCUGGAAAACGAGCUUAUCCUCCUGACGGUGCUGGACGCGGCCUUUGACACGGUCAGCAAUUUGCUCAAGGGUCGGAUGGAUCGCCACGUGAUGCUGGACAACAUUGAGCUGGUGCUACUCACGUUUGACGAGGUCGUCGAUGGCGGGAUCAUCCUAGAAAUCGACACGCCGUCUAUCGCGAACCGCGUGCUCAUGCGCGGUAUCGACAACGAAGUCCCGGUUGCAGAACUUACUAUCUCACAGGCGUUCGCAUCGGCUCGCGAGCAGUUUUCGCGGUCGUUCCGCAGUUAA